AUGGCAGUAGCCUACUCCGCCGCGGGAGCUUCUUCCGCUACGGGACCACGUCUCGCCUCGGGCGCACCCAACAACCCCAACGGUGCCGUCUUCCAACUACCUCCCAAAGCGCGUCUCUACCUCCCUGGCUGGCUCCACUACCUCUUAUCGCGGAUCCUCGCCGCUGCAACCCGUCUCACCUUCUCCACCUCCGUCAGCGAGAACCUCGACCGCUUCCGAGCAUGGUCGCCGUCCAUAGGCGAACGCUUCAAGUACGGCUUCCUUCUCUUCAUCGCCGUCUUCUCGCUCUUGAUCAUGGAGUCGCCGGCGUUUCCCUACAAACUCAUAAUCCCAGCACUCUACGGUACUACACUCCUGUUCCCGGUGACGUCGCAGUUCUUCCUGCCCGCAGCACCCAUCUUCGCGUGGCUCAUCCUGUUCUACUCGUCCAAGUACAUCCCUGCCUCGUUGCGCCCGCACAUCUGGGUGUCAGUGCUGCCGACGCUAGAGACCAUCUGGUACGGUGCCAACAUCUCCGACAUUCUCACACAAUUCGGUCACCCGAUACUCGACGUCUUGGCAUGGAUGCCAUAUGGCGUGAUUCACUUCGCAGCGCCCUUCUUCGUAGCCGCGUUCCUGUUCACCUUUGCCCCACCAGGGACGGUCAAGGUGUUUGGCCAGGCAUUUGGAUUCAUGAUGCUGAUCGGCGUCAUGAUUCAAAUUGUCUUUCCGUGCGCACCGCCCUGGUACGAGCUGAGAGAAGGGCUCAUACCUGCGAACUACGGGAUGAGAGGGAGCUCCGCCGGGUUGGCGAGGAUCGAUGCUUUGUUCCACGGGCACGGCUACACUUUAACCUUCAGUUCCGCUCCUGUGGUCUUUGGAGCAUUCCCCUCGCUGCACGCAGGCAAUGCGACCAUGAAGGCCCUUUUCUGCAGUUACUUCUUUCCUCUCGCUGUCAAGGUGGGGCGCUUGAGGAUCGACACGAGGAUAUUCUAUUGGACUUACUGCUUUUGGCUGUACUGGUGCACAAUGUAUCUGAUGCACCACUACCUGAUCGAUCUGGUGGCCGGAGCAUGCCUGGCGACGGUCUGCUUCUACUUCUUCCUCACCGACGAACUCCGCGAGGCCAUGGAACAGCAAUACCCUUACCGCAACUCUGCACCCGCCCCACCCAGCGCAGCGCCACCGAGCAACAGACCGGACCAAGGUUUCGCCUCGACAGCUGCCGCAGGACAAGGUUCCAUCGCAUUGGACACAUUACGCAGCAACGGUGGCGCGCCGUACGUCUCUGGACAGGGCGGCGCCAAUGGCGAUGAAGAGUCACAGAAGGGCAAGCCCGAGGUCAUCUUCUCGAUCGACGACUCGGCCACUGACAACGGUGAUAUUGCAGGCUCAACAGCAGACGAAGACAAGAGGAGGAAGGACGCUGCCGCUCUGCUGGCCAGGACCAAGUCACCGCUGCAGAGGGUCAGGUCUCCCGCUGUGGAGAGGAUGCGCGAAGACGCUUGA